CUCCAUAGUCUCUCCUUGAUUAAACCCCCAAAAAGUGAAUAAACCACAGAUCGGAAAGAGAGGGAGAAAGAAAGAGAUCCGUCUGAAAUCAGAAAAAAAUGGCUCCGAAGCCAGAUUCCCAAUCUGCGAGCGCUGCCACCCCAGCAGACGCCUCGUCCCAAUUUUCGAUGGACCCAAUGUUCCACAUCUUGAAAGUGAUCCCCUACUCUUUCCUUCGCCCCCCGCGCCUCCGCCUCAAGUUCCCAUCGCUCUCCCUUCCCUCCCCUAUGACCGUUUUCUCCCUCCUCCUUCUCACUUACUUCAUGGUAGUCUCAGGCAUCGUCUACGACGUCAUCGUUGAGCCCCCUGGCAUCGGCUCAACCCAAGACCCUGCUACUGGCUCCGUCCGCCCUGUAGUCUUCCUUCAAGGCCGAGUCAACGGUCAGUACAUUAUUGAAGGACUCUCCUCCGGGUUUAUGUUUGUGCUUGGUGGCAUUGGGAUUGUCCUCUUGGAUCUAGCCCUUGAUAAGAACAGGGCCAAGAGUGUCAAGGCCUCCUACGCCACCGCCGGGAUCUCCUCGAUUGUCAUUGCCUAUGUGAUGAGUACGCUCUUUAUUCGGAUCAAGAUCCCUGCUUAUCUUAGGUGAAACUAGUACUCACUAAUAUGGUGUUUUAUUUAGUUGAACAUUUUUGCAAAAUGGUUAGGGCGUAUGGGUUUCACUUCUCCGGUAUCUCUGCUUUUGUUAUUGGACAGACUGUGAUUGGUGUUAAAACUGAAAUUAAGUCGUUUAAGUUAUCUCUUUACCUUGCCUUCUUUGGGUUUGGCUGUU